AAAAUCACCUCGUGGCAAGGUGGGUGCAGUCGUACAAAUUUGAACACAUUUAAACAGUCAAAUAAUUGACGAAAGAUGCAAUAAGUCUGACACUUCACGUUCUGUAGGGUUUACUGAGCUCGAAAAAAGUACAAUUUAAUUUCAGGAUAUGGCCGAAUCUCAGCCGAUCGGAGCUCCGGUAGCCCUCCCCGGAGAUACGGUGCUCGUUACUGUUAACGAUACUCCGAUUCCGGUGACUAUGGAGGUUAGCACUUCAGCGACGAUCGGCUCGGAGAAGCGGAAGCGAGGGCGGCCGCCACGUGGACAAGCAAGGAAGCCACCGCCGCUGAAGAUUCAGCGAGUGGAGGAGGAAGAAGAAGAAGAUGUUUGCUUUAUAUGUUUCGAUGGUGGUUCACUCGUGUUAUGCGAUCGCAAGGGUUGUCCGAAGGCAUACCAUCCAGCUUGUAUUAAGCGGGACGAGGCAUUUUUCAGCUCCAAUGCUAAAUGGUUCUGUGGUUGGCAUAUUUGUAGUGUGUGUCAAAAGGCUUCACACUAUUUGUGCUAUACUUGUACAUAUUCAUUGUGCAAGGGAUGUAUAAAAAAUGCUGAUUACUUCUGUGUUCGACGAAACAAAGGAUUUUGCUCAAUGUGCAUGCGAACUAUCAUGCUGAUUGAGAAUAAAGACCAAGGAAACAACGGAACGGUUCAAGUAGAUUUUGAUGACAAAGGAAGCUGGGAGUAUCUAUUCAAGUUGUAUUGGGUAUACUUGAAAGAAAAGCUAUCACUAACACUAAGUGAACUUACUCAAGCUAAAAAUCCCUGGAAGGAAUCAGAUAGGAUACAUGGGGAGCUGAAAUAUAGUCAUCAUGUUACAAAUGUUAAAGAACAGGGAUCUACCAUUGCUCAGGGCCAAAUUAGGGAGAAACAAGAGGCUCAUGGAACUAAUAUAUUUGAGAAGCUAGGAAAUCGAGUUGCGGUUGAUCAGGCAGUUAAAGAACAGGGAUCUAUAAUGGCUCAGUGCGAAAUGAGUGAGAAAACAGACGCUCGUGAGACUAAUAUAUUGGAGAAACUAGGAGAUCGAGCUACUGUUGAUCAGGCUGUGGAUGGGUCUGGAUCUGAAACUUCAAUUGCAAGUCUCUCAACAGCAAACUCAGCAUCCACUAACAUCAGUGAAACGGAUGAAGUGUGGCAUUACCGUGACCCUACUGGUAAAAUGCAAGGAUCAUUUUCAAUGAUACAGUUGAGGAAAUGGAGUAAAUUGGGGCUUUUCCCACUUGAUAUGAGGAUAUGGACAAAUGAUGAGUAUGAUGACUCGGUACUUUUGACUGAUGCACUAAAUGGGCUGCUUCACAAAGCCCCUCUGGUUCAUGGAAAGACAUCAAGCCGGUCUCAGGAGCUUGGAGCUGCCUCUGCUGACGGAAAUGUUGCUGAACGGUGUGGACGUUCUACUGGAACAGGGAGAGAAUGCAGAGAAAUGGAGGUACCUUGCCACCGUGCAAGUAAAGACUCAAAUGGCAAUGCUGAGAAUGCGAGGAUAGAUGGGUUGUCUGUUCCAUUUCCAAAAUUUUUGGACUUGAUGAAUGGAAGUAAUGUUUAUUCAGACAAACUCCAACUGUGUAGCCCAGUUCCUUCGUCCCGUCACGGGGAGGUGCAUGUAGCUCUUCCAAGUAAGGAAAGAGGUCUUGAAAAUGUGGAGCUUCACUCUGCCAAAGGUCAAGUAAUUCAGGAUUCCUGUGGAAGCAAAAUGUGCCAGAUUACUGAUAGUUACAACCGUAAAACCCAAUCUAACAACCAGAGUUAUGUAGGACAGUCUUCUGGACAGAAUUGGGGGUCAUCAACCAGUUGUAGAAGUUCAAAUAACUUGGACACUGGUUUUGUUUCAGGUACCAAUUCAAAAAAUUUAUUUGAGCAGAAAGGUAAUGUGAAUCUUCCAGAUCGACCAAGUCCUACUUCAAAUACAAGCUAUGACGAUAUUGAAGCUCAGGCUGCUGAAAAGCUGCUUUCUUUGAGUUCAGGUGUUCCUCUUCGUGCUUCAGAUAUACAUGAUUGGUCCACCUCUACUCUGAAGUCCUAUGGUGAAGCUAAAGCUGGACGGGUAGCUGAAAACAAAGCAUCUGCUCCUUCUAAGCUCUCUGUGCAGGAUUCAGGCCCUAGCUGGAGCAGUGGUUCUAGUCUAGCUGAUGAACGCGAUGGAAAUACUCCAACUGCAGAACCAUCUGCUGAAGAAUGGGAUUCCGGUCUUGUUUCCGUUUCUUCGCUGAAGCCAGCUGAAGCAGUGAGUGAUCAUGUUGCCACGCCCACUCCUGUCGCAGAUCAACUUAAUUAUACCUCCCCAUCUCUCCAGGUGUCAAACUUAUCCAAUUGGCAGGCAGCUGUUAAUGAGCCUAUUGAGUUCAGCACUUUGGCUGAAGAGUCGGUGUCAGAUCUAUUGGCUGAAGUUGAUGCAAUGGAAUCUCAAACUCAAAGUGGUAUGGGUUCGCCUACGUCAGCAAUGAGGUUUAGUGAGCAGAUGAUACCAGGUUACAAAAACUUUAUUCUAGCUCUCUUUGAGGACCUGAGUCCUACGCCUGAUCCUGCAAAAAGUGAUGGCUUGAGCUCAAAUGGAGAUAUAAAGUUGCCUUGUCAAUCACCUGUGACAGAUGAGCUAGUUGGGGCAUCUCAAGGUGAUGCCUUUGAACCUUUAAAGAGGUCUGAUGGGAAUUCAUCUAAUGAGCAGCGAAACAGAAACUAAGUAGGCUAACAUGUCAAUCACCUGUGACAGCCGAGCUAGUUGGGGCCUCUUAAGCUGAUGCUUUUGACCCUUUAAAAGAGGUCGGUCAACAAGCUGUGAGGGAGAAACUAAGUCAGCUGAUGUUUACUUUACCCAAGAGGAAGCUGGGUCCAAUAGGCUGCACCUUGUAGGAGUCAAAAACACUAAAUUUCUCAGCAUUAGUAGGAGUAUAGAAUUGCAAGCUAUGAGCACGGACCGUGGGACAGUUCAGGGAUACAUGAUUUGGGGCUGAUCAGUUCGGGUUGGUUGGGGUACCAGCAUGGAGGUUGCACAAAAAGUUCAUAAUGAAUCGUUGUACUUUGCCGGGAAUCAAGUGUGGGAUAGCCCAGAGGAGGUAUAUGGGGGAGAGUUCCGGUGCCCCAAGAAAUCGGGCUGUUCAAGGAGGGGACUCGGGAUUUUGUAGGAUUGGUUAUUGUGGAGCAGGCAGCCGCUGACUGGUAGUGGAGAUACUCUUAGCCUACUCUGCGAAGAACAGUGAGUUUGUAAAUUGUAUGAGUUGCAAGGAGGAUGCUUCAUUGUAACAGGUUAAAUUGUAUUUAACUGAAAAAUUAUCAGAUUUAAAAAUGGCAAAAUGCGAUUUUCCCCUUAGAAUCGUUAUGUUAACUUCGGAGAAAUGAGGUGCAGAAAAAUCUGUGUACAUUGUAAUAGGUUAAUUCUGACCCAGAAGAGGUAUGUCUAUAUGCGCAAACUGCAGUACUGAAUUUGUACCCAUGCA